UGAGGUUGCGUUAAAAAGAUUGAUUCUAAUCUAGUUUGUACCAAAAAAAACAGGUUGAUUCCACAGGUGUGGGAAGUGUUGUGUUGUUUCUUUAAACAACAACAAUUUAACAUGAUGCAUCCAAAUACCAUGAAGCUUCGCACGCCUUCCAUUCACAUUCACAUUUCAGGCGUUGCCUCUUCUUCCUUCCUCACCACUUAGUCCUUUUCACUUCUCAACCCUCUCUCUCUCUCUCUCUCUCUCUCUCUCUCUUUCUUCUUAUCCUUCACGCAAGCCAUGCCGACCUUUACUGCCAUAGCAUUUGAUAGGUUGAUAGAGCCUGGUGCAUCCAAACCUGCUGCUCGUAGAUCUGCUUCGACCUCCAUGCCGGGCCCCAACGCGAGGAAGCUCGGGAGGAGAACCAGUGAACCGACUGCCCCGUCUGUAAGUAAGAAGCCACCUCCUCGUCCUCAGUUAAAGCCGUCGCUCUAUGCCACUCCUGAGGUGACGCCGCUUCCGGAUGCACCCUCUUCGUUCCCGCCUUCGCCGUACAUUGUCAACCACAAACGUCGUGGCCCGCGCCUCCUCAAGAGUUUCUCUGAGGCGGAUGUACAGGCCAAACAGGAGGUUCAUGAGGAUGAAAAUGUUAAUAGUAAGAGCUCUGAUACUGUGGUUUCCAGUUCUGCUGGUGACCUCCAAGUUACUGUCAUGAACGCUGAACCUGUUAAUGAAGAGCAAGUAACUGGUGCACUUGAUACCAAACUUAGUAGCUGCAAUGGCAGUGACCUGGAGCAUGGGUGCAGGGAAAAUGAACUUAGUAGUAGCAUUACUAAUGGAACGCAUGUGGAAAAGGUAGGGGCGCUGAAUUCUGAAAGGGAUGUUGAGAGUGAUGAUUUUUUUGAUCCGCAAGAUUCAAUGAGUGUAACAAGUUACACAGAUGGAGAGGAUAAUACAGGCACAGAACGCGGUGUUAAAUUAAGCACUCCUGGUGGGGAGUUCUUUGAUGCUUGGGAAGAACUUUCUUCUGAUGGCGGGACUCAAAAUUCUCUCCGUGAUGUUGAUGCUGAACUGCGUGAAAUAAGGUUGAGUCUAUUGUUGGAGAUAGAGAAACGAAAGCAAGUUGAAGAAUCCCUAAACAGCAUGCGAAGCCAGUGGGAGAGAAUUAGAAAAGAGUUCUCUCUUGUGGGAAUUGUUUUGCCUGCAGAUCUUACUGCUAUUGCGGACGGUGAGCAGCUGAGUUCUGAUUCUGUGGAUGAUAUACGUCAGCAAGUUCACACUGCUAGGUUUAUAUCCAACGCCAUUGGGAGAGGAACUGCCAGAGCUGAGGUGGAGAUGGAGAUGGAAGCUCAAUUAGAGUCAAAGAACUUUGAGAUUUCUCGACUAUUGGAACGUCUCCAUUGUUAUGAGACCAUGAACAGGGAGAUGUCUCAGAGGAAUCAGGAAGCAGUAGAGAUGGCACGGCGUGAGAGACAAAGAACGAUUAGGAGGCAGAGGUGGAUUUGGGGCUCUGUUACUACUGCCAUUGUACUUGGUACUGCAGCAAUAGCAUGGUCUUAUCUCCCGACGGGUAAAGGAUCAACAUCUACGGACCAUGAUAUGGCUUCUGAACAUGAUGAUGGAGCCAACUAAUACACCACCAACACUAACUUCAUCGCCUAGUUUUGGUAGGAGAGGAGAAUAAAAGUUAUACAUGCUACUACUAUGUGGCAAACACAUCAUACUUAAUCAUUACAAUUUUCCGGCAUCCCGAGUUUGUGCAUAAUCUGUUGGGCCAUUCUAUACUAGUGCCUGACACUGUAAGUCUUGGUCCUUGUUGAUGAGAUAAUCCUGUAUUAGUUUCCUAUGAAUUCGCGAGAGCAGAAUAAGCAUUUGCCCAUUUGUACAUUUUGGCAGAGCACAAUUAUAUAGAUUCUUUAUGCUUUGCUUCCUCAAACAUCUAACUCAGCAGAAAGAAGUUUGAGCUGUGACAGGGUAAAUCCGGUCAAGCGAUGAUGCUAGGUUUCCAAUCAGGUAUUUCUUGGGUUCCCUAGUGAACAGACUCAGUAGUAAUUUGUUGACACCAAAACUAGAAAUAAGACUUGUUUGUCAAGGGUUGGAUGAGGCCCUCUUCUUUCACAGGCGUUUGAAAUAUAAGGUUGCUGAUUGUAAUAUUUUUACACACAUUGGCUUUGCUGUUUAGCAAAUUGCUUUUGUUCCCUGGUUUCUGCAGAUCUCAUUAUUGAAGAAAGCUGCUAUGCUGUUAGGCAUCUGUUUGUUAUACGUGUUUAAUGAUAGGAAACAUACAAUUUAUUUACUUUUCAUUAAUUUAAUAUUUUUUUGUGCGUUUA